GUUCACAUUUUGCUUGAGGUGCUUUUCCUUAUUCGGAAAAUACGAGCGUGUUUGUACGAAAACCAAAGUCGAAGAGGUGAAUACUGAGCGUGAACUCGCUGACAAUAAGAACACACCGUAUCAAAAACAUGUAAUCGGCGCGUUGAUUGGACAGGCGCGGUCAUGUGACCUCACAGCUGAUUUACUAGCGUUAGAGGCUUCCGGGCUUCCCUGUCACUUCGCAGGAUCAUGAAUCCGCUCCUUCACGACGCGUUUCGAUUUAUCGCAACCUGCUGAUAUUUCGCCGGUGUAUGUGUGUUUCCCCCCCGCUCCCGGCUAUUCGGGCUGACCAAAAAUAUUAAAAAAGAGGGGAGAAAACAUGGCUCAGUCGGCGCACUUUAACGUCCUCGAUCUCAACACGUCGAUCAGAGUGGAGCACGACAGACAGCGGCGGCAGUUUACAGUUAGACUAAACGGAUCUCAUGAUCGAGCUGUACUGUUGUAUGAGUACGUUGGGAAGAGGACUGUGGACCUGCAGCACACAGAAGUACCAGAUGCCUAUAGAGGGAGAGGCAUCGCUAAGCACUUGGCAAAGGUACCGUCAAACAACCAUUCAGCUGCCAUGGAUUUCGUGGUGGAAGAGGGACUGAAGGCCCACCUAACAUGUUGGUACAUCCAGAAGUACGUCAAGGAAAACCCUCAGCCUCAGUAUCUGGAGUGCAUCCUUCACUGAUCUCCAGGAGAAGAGGAGAAGCUAUCAGCAUUUCCAGGGUUGGGGGUAGGGGCUGGUUGUAGGAAUCUGGGUGGGCUUGGGAGGGAAGGUCAUAGGAAUGGGGUGGGAUGGGCAUGUUUACAUAAUGAACAAGAGCGCCGCAAGGUGCGCACCUGAGAUCCCACAACGUAUUUAUUUGCCAGUCUGAGACCCACAAACAGAACAGAGGGCCAAGAAUAGGGACGUUCUUCUGCCUUUAAUAUGUUGGUUUUCAUGUCUGCCUACAUCACAAAGUAUGAGGGCACACUGAAACGGGACAAAGUUUACAUAUCCACGAGAUUCCCGUACAGGCUUACAGAAAGCUAAGGAGAUGUUAUUCUAAAGGGCUAAUUGACUAAAUACAGUUUUCUGUUUUAUUUUCCUGCCAUUAGCCUGUGUUUCCACAGGGUCCUUCAUUAGCACGCCGCACACUUCAUGAUCCACAGAUUGCUCACACCAGCCGAAUGCACUCUUCAUGUUUUUUUCUGUUUUUUUUGUAUGAGAACUUUCACCUGAUGGAGACCCAAGCGAAAGCCUUGAGUACAAUGUACCUGUUCCAGUAAGCAAAGUGAACAUUUGUUCGACCUGCCGUGGGCUAAUUUUUCCUGCUAGCAAUACAAGAUGGACGAUUGAGUCGGCUGUCACGCUCGCUGAGGUUCUAACGUUUAGAGCUAGGUGCUGUUGCAGCUGCAGGUGUGCAUCGCAGGUUUCGAGAAGGUCAGCUCAGGAAGCCUUUAAGGGGCAAGGCGCUGCUGAGUGAAGGCACAGGCGUCUGAGAGACGAGGCGAUGACUGACAUGCAAGACUCUCAUACCCAAUAAUGUAACGUGAGGGAAGUUGGCUUGAGUAUGAAAAUCGAAUUUCACUAAUGUCAGCUUGGCCGGAGAAGCGCGAGCAAGCUGCUUUCACCAGUUCGUUUUUCGAGCGGUAGGCUGUUCAUGUGUGUGAGGCCUCCGUGCUGACAGAUGGAUAUGGACACAUAUUUUCAUGGCUGGAAAAGCUCACAAUGCAGUGAAACCACAGACAUGCUGUCGUCGUCGUCGUCCCCCCGUCACACAGGACCUUUGGCACCUAGUUAACCUUACUCAGGAAAGAGGAGGACAUUUGCACUGAAACAUCAAUGGGGAAAAAAAACCUUUAAUUCUUUGUGUCAAGUCUUUUUUUAAUUUCAGUACUAAUAAAUACUUUUUAAAAGCUG